UGAUUAUUCUUCUCAUCAACCAUCACUAUACUAUUCGUGUAUUCAACAUGGCAUUCGUGACAGACGACAAACUGGAUUUGCUCUUCGAUCCCAAACUUAUCCCUGAUUCAGUACGCAAGCUUGUGGGAUCUGAUCUUCAUAUUCGCCCAUUAGCAUUAAGCGAUUAUGAAAGAGGACAUCUAAAAGUGAUGCAAGUCCUCACUUCCACGCCCGAUCCCGGUAAGGAAGCAUAUCAAGAGGCAUUCAGACGCAUGCAAACUUCCAAACCGGCAUCGUAUUUCAUCUUAUGCAUUAUCGAUAAAUCAAAAGAUCAACUUUUGGCAAUCGGUUCGGUAUUCUUGGAAUACAAGUUUAUCAGAAAUCUUGGAAUCUGUGGUCAUAUUGAAGAUAUUGCCGUCGAUGCAGCUGCUCAAGGAAAAGGGUUGGGUAAAAAACUCAUCUUGGCCUUGACAGAAUUAUCCGAAAGCUUGGGCUCUUACAAGGUCAUUCUGGAUUGCAGUGAAGAGAACAAAGGUGAGCCAGGUAGGGUGGGAAGCAUUCAGGACUUUGAAGUGCUGACAGCGUCUCUCCCUUCUCCUCUUACGGCAGGAUUUUACGAAAAGUGCGGAUACAAGUACAAGGGCGCUCAAAUGGCCAAAUAUAAAGAAUGAUGAAACACGCUGUAUGAAUAGAGUGAC